GCACAACAGGGACAGAGAGACAGGCUUUGUCUUCAAAGGUGUCCCAGCAGGUUACAACAAGGACUAGAGCAGGUGCUGAUGAGGCCGCAGUUUGGGAGUCUGAUCCCUAACAAGGCCAGGUCCCCUCACUCUGCCCAAGUUUGCUCCUUGAAUACAGAGGAGGAUCUGGGCCAUAGAGUAUGGGCAGCUCCACGGGGCAGUUCUUGCUCAUCACUGGACACUCAUUGUCUCCGAAGGACGGGCUACAUCGGAGUGUUGUCUUAGAUUCGAAUGCAGGAGGAACUGGAAUAAUCAGUAACAUUUCUCCCAGGCAGAGCUGCUCUGAGCUGUGGGCCAACAGGAGGCCGGGAGCUCUCCUCUAAAUUGCUUUGUGACCUUGGACAAGAACUCUCCCCUUCCUGGACUGCAAAUUUCCUCCUCUGUAAAAUGAAGGGUUGCUGCAAGAACUGAGGCAUAGAGAAGUCACUUGCCCAAGGUCACCCAGCAGGGCUCUGGCUGAGAACAUGGCCAAUGACAUUGAUGAGCUCAUUGGCAUUCCCUUCCCCAACCACAGCAGUGAGGUCCUGUGCAGCCUCAAUGAGCAGCGGCACGAUGGCCUGCUGUGUGACGUGCUCCUGGUGGUGCAGGAGCAGGAGUAUCGGACCCACCGCUCUGUCCUGGCUGCCUGCAGCAAGUACUUCAAGAAGCUCUUCACAGCUGGCACCCUAGCCAGCCAGCCCUACGUCUACGAGAUCGACUUUGUCCAGCCUGAGGCUCUGGCCGCUAUCCUGGAGUUCGCCUACACCUCCACACUCACCAUCACUGCUGGCAACGUCAAGCACAUCCUCAAUGCAGCCAGGAUGCUGGAGAUCCAGUGCAUUGUGAACGUGUGCCUGGAGAUCAUGGAGCCUGGAGGGGACGGAGGGGAGGAGGACGACAAGGAGGAUGACGACGAUGACGAAGAUGAUGAUGAUGAGGAGGACGAAGAGGAGGAGGAGGAGGAGGAAGAGGAGGAUGACGAUGAUGACACGGAGGACUUUGCUGACCAAGAAAACUUGCCUGACCCCCAGGACAUCAGCUGCCACCAAAGCCCUUCCAAGACGGACCAUCUCACAGAGAAGGCCUAUUCAGACACCCCCAGGGACUUCCCUGACUCCUUUCAGGCUGGCAGUCCUGGCCAUCUGGGGGUGAUCCGGGACUUUUCCAUCGAAUCUCUGCUGAGGGAGAACCUGUACCCCAAGGCCAACAUCCCCGACAGGAGACCCUCCUUGUCUCCAUUCGCCCCGGACUUCUUCCCACACCUCUGGCCAGGGGACUUCGGUGCCUUUGCCCAGCUGCCUGAGCAGCCCAUGGACAGUGGGCCACUGGAUCUGGUCAUCAAGAAUCGGAAGAUCAAGGAAGAGGAGAAGGACGAGCUGCCCCCACCCCCACCGCCACCCUUCCCUAAUGACUUCUUCAAGGACAUGUUCCCUGACCUGCCGGGGGGCCCUCUGGGACCCAUCAAGGCGGAGAACGACUACGGUGCCUAUCUCAACUUCCUGAGUGCCACCCACCUGGGAGGCCUCUUCCCACCCUGGCCCCUGGUGGAAGAGCGCAAGCUGAAGCCCAAGGCCUCUCAGCAGUGCCCCAUCUGCCACAAAGUCAUCAUGGGGGCCGGGAAGCUGCCGCGGCACAUGAGGACCCAUACCGGGGAGAAGCCAUACAUGUGCACCAUCUGCGAGGUCCGCUUCACCAGGCAGGACAAGCUGAAAAUCCACAUGCGGAAGCACACGGGGGAGCGGCCCUACCUGUGCAUCCACUGCAACGCCAAGUUUGUGCACAACUACGACCUCAAGAACCACAUGCGCAUCCACACGGGAGUGCGGCCCUACCAGUGCGAGUUCUGCUACAAGAGCUUCACGCGCUCCGACCACCUGCACCGCCACAUCAAGCGCCAGAGCUGCCGCAUGGCGCGGCCCCGACGCGGCCGCAAGCCCGCUGCGUGGAGGGCCGCCAGCCUGCUCUUCGGACCGGGUGGCCCGGCCCCCGACAAGGCGGCCUUCGUGAUGCCUCCGGCUCUGGGCGAAGUGGGCGGCCACCUGGGCGGCGCAGCCGUGUGCCUCCCGGGCCCCAGCCCCGCCAAACACUUCCUGGCAGCGCCCAAGGGCGCCCUGAGCCUGCAGGAGCUGGAGCGGCAGUUCGAGGAGACGCAGAUGAAGCUGUUCGGGCGCGCGCAGCUGGAGGCUGAGAGGAACGCGGGGGGCCUCCUGGCCUUCGCGCUGGCCGAGAACGUGGCAGCCGGGCGGCCCUACUUCCCGCUGCCCGACCCGUGGGCCGCGGGCCUGGCCGGCCUCCCUGGGCUCGCCGGCCUCAACCACGUGGCCUCCAUGUCUGAAGCCAACAACUAGGCUGGUCACUGUCGACUCCAGCCCACCAGCCCUCCAGUCCUUCUCCCUCCAGGCCCGCUCUUCCCCACCCCAUGGAUCUGAACUUUUCAUUUUAAAAACACAAAGGGAAAAUGGAAAAAAAAUAAUAAUACUAUCAGUGAUGGCAUUUUCCCAGGCUCCUAAAGCAGCUGCCUCCUUUUGCUGUUCUGAGACGGGCAUCUCUUCCCAAAAGACCAGGAGCCCGGGCCUCCCUCCCUGGCUGUCUCUCUGGCUCUCAUGUAGAAAUUUGCACCGGCCCAAGCCACACAGAACUGGAUGCCCAGGGGCACUUAGGAGCUGGGUGAGUUACGAGGGGUCAGGGGGUGGUUGGUCUGGGGCCCAGCCACGUGGAGCAGGAGGAGGUAGGGGCUGGGCAUGCACCUUGGUUAAGCCCCACCCCCUGUGGCAGAGUCUCUGCCAACACUCCUCUGAGGGCUCAUUUUCCAGUCUCCAGUGGCCCCGGGGUCUUUUUGAGAACUACCCACCUGCCACAUAGAAAGAAAUGCUCUGUUGGCAGGGAGGCCCCCUGGAACCAGUCAGGAAUCAGGCUCUGGGAGGCCAGGGCCGUUUUUCCCCUUACCUGUCCUGUGAUCUUGACAGGUCAGCCCUCUGUAGCUCAGUGUCACCCGGCUAUAGAAGGGGCUGGUAACUUAGGUUUCCUCCCUCCACCUCUAAACACAUACACACCUAUCCCCCCAGAGAAUCCCAGAGAAGGUAGGAGCUUUGUACUCCCCAAGUCCAUGGGGAAACAGUUUAUCUUUCUGGACUUAGUUUUAUUACAUCCAGCUCUAUAUUAGCAUAUUAGCAUAGGUGAGAAAUAUGGCCAGACUAGACAGAGAUCGGGGGUCAGGGGAGCUUCCGAACUUCACCAAAGCCCACAGGCAGGUCUGCGAACUCCGAAUGCUACCUUACCUUCCCUGCAGGCCGCUGUUCGUGUCUGGACCCCUGGUGGCACUAUUUAGUGUUUACCCCAUCUCCAAUGCCCCUUCCAAGGCUGUGCAGUGUCUUGGGGCUCUCAGGGCCAACAUCGAAGAGAUGGGGGCCACCUCUUAACACCUGGCAACUGUUUCCUCUCACCCUGAUUCCUGAAAACAGACAAAAUACAUACCUGGUUUUCUAGGGUUUAUCUGUUUGCUUUUUGAGUUGUGGGUUCCUCAGGGCCUUGGCAUUGCUAGCGAUGGUCCCGUUUGCUGUGUGAGAACACCCCUCAACCCCUUCCUCCUCCCUCUGGGGGUGAAGUGGGAGUGUUUGGCUCCCUUUUUUAACAAAAGGGCUCAGUGCAGAGAAAUGGAGGCCUCUGAGGUUUGAAGGGCUCUGUGAGUUAGAGCUGUCACAUGUUCUCCUGGUUCUUGAGUUUUCAGCAGGUCCUGAAAAGGAAGGCUCUGCUGGCCCCGUGCCUUCCUGAGCUUCUCUCCCCUUCCCUCCCCUCUCUUUUCUUGCCUAGUUUGCUUUGGUUUCUUAGCAGCCCAGAGAGGAGGAGGGUUCAUCCCCAGGGAGGGCCCAGGGCUGGAGUCCCCAAUCUCUGUGCUGUGGGCACAAAGAGACUUCAGCUCUUCCCGUCGCCUUGGCUUUUUCCUGAGCAAACACACAACAAACAAAAAGGCCAGAGAAGAGCACAGACUCUGUCCCUCUCACAGCUCUCCGGAAGAGACCCCCUGAUUCUUCGCACCACCGGAUGCCACUCCAGCCAGCAGGAUUGCUACACACGCCCUCUGUUCUCAGAAGUCAUCUGCCUGGGCAGCCACCUCUCAGAUUCCUGUAGCCGCCUCUCAGAUUCCUGUCUUCGUUUCAGACACUUGCCCCAGAAGCAUGCCCAUGUCCACCAGCCAAUGUGCCCGUGUCCCCCCCCAUCAGCCAAGCGAUUGGGGCCGAACCAGACUUUAAAAGAGAGAGAAAAAAAAAAAAAAAAAAAAGGAAACAUGAAUAAAUUGGAAUCCAGUGGUGUUGGGGCUUUUGUUUUUAUUUUGUAAAGGUGAUGACUUCUUAUAAACUCAGUUUUUCAGAUGACUGGUUAAUUCUUUCUGUUUUUUCUUGGCUGCAGUUUGGAGUUGUACAUUGUAAAAUAUCCAAAGAUGUUGAGUACUGUAUGAUCAAGAACUUGAAGCAACUGGGUUGUCGGGGGAGGGGUGGUUGUGUUUUUGUUUUGCUUCAAUUUUUUUUUUUUUUUUUUUUUGAUGUUUCGAUUUCCCUGUCUGUCUGUGGGAGAACUUUGGAAUUUUUUCUAUUUAUAACUCUUUUUUUAUGUGAUUGCUGUAUGUAAAAUGACACUCAGCAAAGUUUGCCUUAGUGAUUCAAGGGACAAUCUUCCAUAACUUCGGUCGCACGCCACAUCCCGCCGAGAAAAACUCGCAGCUAAUUUUCUGGCCUAUUUAUUAAACAGUAUUAAUUGACUUGAUUAAAUUAUAUUGAGAGUCGCACUUCUGUGAGAUGUGACUUCUGAAAGUUCACAGGACAGCAACAAGCCAGUCUUAAGGUUUUUGACUGUUGGGUGUCAUAAACUUAAAAUAAUGUCAAAGACACCUUUACAAAGAAAAACAAAACCUUUGACCCUUAUUUAAUAUUUUCAAGGACAGUGUUUUGAGUAAAAGUGAGCUAUGCUUGCUUAA